AUGUUUUUGCCGGUACGUUUUUAUUGCUUAGGAUUAUUAGACUAUUAAUUAUGUGUUAAAAAUGUUUUGUUCAAAUCAUUAUUAGGAAUAAAUAACAUGUUUUCCAACUUAUUUUUAUAAUUUGAGAUUAUUAUGAGUAAAAAGUAAUACAUUUACAAGGUUGUUAUUUUUUAAAGAAAAUUGUUCAAAGUUUGAAUUAUUUGUAGACAUAUAAAUGUAAAACACUAAUUGGAGUUUUAGGAUGAAUGUACUACGGAGUUGAACCUUCCUUUAAAUGAUGAAGCAAUUUUGCAAAUUGUUGGAAACCGGGAAAGGUCGUUGUUAGCCGCAGUCACUUCGUCCAAUUUAUACAUCUUUUUGCCAAAUGUAAGUACAUUUAUUGUUUUGUUGAAAUUUAGAUAGUUCGGUUAUUGGGGUAACAUUAUAAUUUUUGUUUUGCAGCCGCGUUUGCUUUUAUGUACAUACCGAAGACAGGAAUCUGAAAUACUAGAACGUGGAAAAUACAAAAGUUUGUGUUGGCGCCAAAAUUCAGCAUCUGUGUGUUUAACUGUAAGAUUUACAGGGGUUUUAAUACGGUAUAUUUUGAAUAUUUUUUUGCUUAUACAUGUAUAUAAUAUCCAAGUAAUGUUUCAUGCGUGUAUUAUAUUUUUAGACCGAUUCCAAUUGUUUGUACAUUUAUACGGUUGACAUCUCUUUAGAAAAUGACUGUUUUAAUUUGGAGGACGAGAAUUAUGAGUUUAGAAGAACAUCGAGUUUACUGUAUUAUAAAGGAAAACGGCCAAUAGUCAAUUUAACUUUAGCUGUAAUAGCAAAUUUGGAGUCCGAACCAUCAUGGUACGAUUGUUUAUGUAACGUUAAGGAUUAAUUACACUUUACCUUUUUGUAUAUAUUUUGGCGACAAUACAACUUAUUUUUGAAAACUAUGUUUUUAGUAUACUAAUAUAACAUUAAAUAGUUUACUUUAGUAUAACGUCAAUUCGUGAUGAAUUAUUUGUCUGUUUGCAUGACGGUUGGGUUCAUAGAAUAACAUGGGCUGGUGAUUUUAUGAAAGAGCUAUCUUUUCAUGUACGUUUGAUACCUUUUGCUUACGAUCAAGUUUCAAAUAAAUGUAAGUGAAUGAAAGUUUUUUUUAAAUUCUCAAGGUUUUCAAAACACUUUUUUGAUUUCACUAAAAAAUAACUAAUGCUUUUGAAUUACAUAAUUUUUUUAUGUUGUUUUUGAGUUAUGAGUUUUUCAGCGGAAAUUCUUAAAGAUUCUGAUAUAUACAUUGUGGACUUUGUCUAUUCUCCUUUAAUUGGAGGAAUAUGCAUGCUUCUUAGUGAUGGUCGUCCUGCAUUAUUGGUCUCAAACUCACAGCAACUUGACUCUGAAUCUUUAACAGGUAUAUGGGUACAUGGAGCCAAAAAUGUAACUAGUUGUUCAGCAAAUCAUAAAUUUCGUUUGGUUUAUUUUGGGCAUGAAAAGUAAGUUUUCAAGUUUUUGAAUGCGAAUUUAGCAAAUUUUAUAAGUUAUGUUUAACAUUUUAUUAUAAUUUUCAUGAAUUCGUUACCUAUGUAUUUUAUAUUCAUCACCGUAAAUUUUGUAGUUGUAUGAAAAAAUUUUUUAUAGUGGCGAAAUAUCAGCUUAUUCAUUGGAUGAUACAAAUGGUUCUUUGUUUCAAGUUUUUGUCCAAAAGUUGUUUGUAAAAAAUGGCACACAGUUUCUAGAAUCGGUUGGUGCUGUUAAACAGAUUGAAUGUUUAAAUCAAGGCGCUGUCACUGGUGUUAUAUGGGAGAAGAGAAAAACAGGUAAUUAUAAUAUUAGAGAUUAAAGAAAAAAAUGAGAAAUAGGUGUAUUUUUGAUACUUAUCAGUAAUUAAACAAAACAUCCGUUAAAGGAAUUAAUUAAUUCGAUCAUUGUUUCAGAUUCGAAUUGUCCGCCAAUUUUGGCAUUUUUUAGCCCAUUUGGCGCACAAUGGUGGACAAGUUUGGAAGACGUGUUAGCUGAAGAAUAUCAUGAACAAUCCUACUUAUGUCUCGAAUGGGGUGUUGAAGGACAUCAGCUGUGGUUGGGGCUUCAAAAAUCAGUUUACGUAAUGAAUAUCGUUCAUUCGCAACAAGAUUCUGUUGAUAGGAUUGUUUUGCUGGGACAUGACAAAGUAUAUCUAAGCCCAAAAAGAUGCUAUCAAACAGAAGCUUCGGCGCCGCAGUACGUUUGGCCGACGUUUACAGUACCACACGAUUAUAUUAGUCCGAAUUGGCCGGUUAGAGUAAGUUUUUCUAGGAUUAUUUUUAAAUGCAUAUUUAAAAGAGUAUUUUUAAAAGCUAAACUAAUAUUCUAAUAUUAAUUUUGUUUUAAAUUUUUAGUUGGUAGGAUUUGACUCUGAAUGUGCGAAGAUUAUGGUGGUUGUUGGAACUCGCGGAUUUUGUUAUUAUAAUUUCAAAACUAACAAGUGGAGGUUGUUUAGAAAAGAAGCUCAGGUAAUUUUGUAUUUAUGAGACUAUAAUUUAAUUAAAAAUCUUUUACGUAAUUUUUUUAUAGCUUUUUUUAAAAUGAGUUGUUUAUUGUAUUGCGUCGUUAUAGGAAAAAUCAUUGUUUGUGACGGGUGGAAUAACAGUAUUUGAAGAUUUUAUAAUUGCGUGUGCAUGCGAUAAAUCUCAAGAAACAGAAAACAUAUACAUAUUUCAUCACGAAGAUCAACUGGACUUGGAAUUGGCUGAAAAAGUGCGCACGGGAAGAGUGUUGUUAAUGAAUUCCAAGCACAAUCAUCUCAUCACACUGGACGUGCAGUGUUUGAUUACUAUAUUUGGAAUGAAUUCAGAACCCGUUUCAGAAAGGAAUCGAUUGAGUUUACAAAGAAUGGCUGAAAUCAGGAUAAACGAUUUGCUGCCUCAUCCGACAUGUGUAGUUUCAGUACAAUUAACGAGCCUGAAUUAUUACAAAGGUAAAUUUUUACGCUUAUAGUACAAUCUAGAAACAAUUAGAUUUUUUUCAAAAAUUACGUUACAUUUUUUGAUUGUACUACGUUGUCGAACGUUAUUUUAUUUGAAAGAAGGUUUAUUUUUUAUUUAAUUUUAAAAGUUUAGAUGCAGCAGAAUUUGGAUUUGGUAUGGACGCUUUGCUUGUAAAUGUUUCGGGUCAUCUACUUAUGUUAUGUGCUUUGAAUAAACCACAUCCAAAUUCAAACGACUAUAACCAUUUCCAGGUAAAAAUUUGUGAACUUUUAAACAUUUAUUUUAUUUACGCAGUUUUGACCUUUUUAAUAUUGUUUUUGAGUUUAGUUGCAUCAACCUAUGCUGAUCGCUUCUAACGUUGAACGGAUUUGGGUACAAACAGCUCAGCAAAAUAUUCCACAUCUCAAUAAAGCUUUGUGGAUAAAUGCGGGCUGCAGGAAAAUGAAAGUUUGGUUACCAUUGGCUGGUUCGGGUGGUCAGAGCACUGAUUCUCGACAAUCUUUUAUGUCAAGGUAAGAUAAGAAAGCGUAACUUUUAGUAAGGAGACUUAUCCUUACCAACGUUUUGUUUCUUCAUUAUAUUUUUUAAAUUUACAACAUAUUUUAUAGUCGUAUUAUGCUUCCUGUGGAAACGAAUACUUAUGUUUUGUCAAUUGAUGAAGAUUGUCUUGCGUCUGGAGUUGAAUCCAUGGCUUUGUUACCUACUCUCAAACACCAUGCUAAUCAGUACGUGCACCAAUUGAGCAGAACAUCUGAGGUUUUCAUGCACAAACUUUUGAAACAGUUGUUAAAAAGGAACCUCGGCACCUAUGCGUUGCAAAUCGUGUCCGCAUGCAGAGAUCUGUCUUACUUUGGCCAUAUAUUGGAACUGUUGUUACAUGAUGUACUUGAAGAAGAAGCCACAAGUUCCGAACCUAUACCAGGUAAUUAUAAAAUAUAAAUUUAAGAAAAAAAAAUAAAUCCGUUUGUUACAAACUAACAAAUUCAUACCAUAUUUAUACAUUAAUGUGCCUUUAAAAUGAAAAAAUAAAGGAAUUUUUACUUUUUAGAACCACUGCUUCCGCGUGUUGUUGCAUUUGUACGCGAGUUUCCCGAAUAUUUAAAAAUCAUUGUUUACUGUGCUAGGAAGACAGAACUGGCCAUCCGAAAUCACUUGUUUACGGUGUCGCAUCAUCCUCGUGAACUGUUUCGUCUAUGCUUAGAAGAAGAACAGUUGGAAACAGCCACAAGUUCUUUAAUCGUGCUGCAAAGUUUGGAAACGGCGGUGGCCAGCGUGGAAUUCGCGACAACUUUAUUGGACGAAGCAUUAACAAAACGCAAAUGGAAGAUUGCACGUGAUAUUGUUCGGUUUUUGCAAAGUAUUGAUAAGAAGGAUUUGGAAGAUGUGCCCGAAAGCCCAUUAGGGCAAAAACUGGCUAGCAAACAACCAAACAAAUCGAUAUUUAUUGCGGACGAUAACAAUGAAGAUUUCGGAAUUGUAUUUAACAGUAGCAACGGUAUGGCGGACGUUUUUUACAAUAUUUUUAUUAAGUGUUGUGGAGAUAAAAUAUUUUAUAAUGAAAAUUGUGUUUUUACAUGUUUACCCACGCUUUAUUAUUUAUUUUUACUUGUAGAGCUCAAAAAUUCAAUAACAAACAGCAUUGCUCCUCGAUCUAAACCAUCUAUAGUAUCUCAGCCUUCGUUCAAUGCAACAUCUUCGACAAAUCCUCCACGAUUAUUGCUGAACAGAUCGGGCAGUAUCAAUUCACAACCGUUACUUCCAAGCCCAAAUACUCCGCCUCCAUUAGCGGAAAUGCCAGAGUUAAUUUCAACCCAAGUUAGUGAAAUAUUAAAUCAUCAUGCGGUUGGAUUGUUAAAUAACUAUGGAGUUCGAGAUUUGGGUAAUUUCUUUUAUUUUUCUUAAUAUUUUUUGGAUUGGAACUUCUGUUAUAUAUUUUGUGUUUUAAAAUAACAUAUAUCUUUUUAAAAAGGUAUAAUUUUGUAUUUUGUUAUUUUUAAGGAUCAUUUUCUGCUCACCUUGGUUAUGACUUGACCGCCUUUUUCAAACACCCAUCUAGCCGAUUUCAAGCGGCGUCCGAUCAAUUCCCCUUGAUUUUAAUGAAGCUUCAUGCACAAUUUAAUUGGCCCUAUCCCAUGGCCACAGAAUUAGUUGUUUCAAAUGGACAUGUACCAAUUGUAAGCCCGUCACCGUCUUCUAUAAGUAUAAUUGACGAAACGUCGUCUAUUUCUUCCGAAGAUAUCACUUCAUCCCCUAACUUUGUACUCACACCGAAAGUUAACGGAGAACUACGACAUCAAAAAAUGACGUGAGUUUUGGGAUUUUUUGUGAAGAUAUUAUACUUUCUAGAGAUCUUACUUAUACGUAUACAUUCCGCAUUUAAUUUGAAAUCCUUAAUAAUUCAACGAUUUUUUAAAAAUAAUACUAUUAAUGAUGCACGAUAGGUUAAUAAUAUUUUUAGGAGACGAAUAGCAACUGAUUUCAACAGAAAAGUGUUUGAAAAGUUGUGCGAAAAAUCGAAAGCUAAAGGCACAAAACAAUCGGAAGACGAGAUUUGCUACAUUCAAAAAGCAAUUGCUGACGCCGAUGCUUUGGAAUGGACAUUGUUUUUGGCCAUACUGCGCCAAGAUGUGUCCAAUUUAAGCAAAACACUACUAAGAAGCACGCAUAAUCUUAAUAAAAUGGGUCGAUUUUUGAAAAUUGCCAGGCCAGGAGUCGCCGCAUUGAUUGAAUGGGCAGAAACCAGUUGGUAAAUUUUUUAAACGGCAUUAAUAAAAAACAUAAACUGACUUUUUCAUUGAAGAAAAUUUAAUUCUAACGUGUUUUUGGUCAAACAAAUUGUUAAAUAUUUAGUGAAUCCUUUAUUUUGUUUUUCGGCAUGGGGGUGUUAUAUUUUAUUUUUUUCAGCUCGGCUUACACACCUAUCCUGGAAUUCUUCCGUGAAUACAUAGAAGUCUCCAUCGAGUCUCGUAAACCAAAUAUCGAAAUUGCUCAAGGCGCUUUGCAAUCACUUGAAUUAAGUAACUAA